AUGGUCCCGUAUAGACUUCUCCGAAAACACAACUUCGAAGAAUACAAAUCCGACGGCGGACAUCGCGAAGCCUCCAUCCGCCAACGAUACUACCUCCCCGACGCGCUUGAAUAUAAAAAAUACAACACGAUAUGCGGCUCGCUGCGCCAGCUAUCGCAUAAGCUGACGCAGCUGGAUCCGAGCGACCCCGUGCGCAAGAAGAUCGAGAGCGAAAUGCUCGAUAAACUAUGGCGAAUGGGGAUCCUCAAGCAGAGCCGUGAACAAGGUGCCGGGUUAUCUCGUGUCGAGCGAGAGGUCACCGUUUCGGCUUUCUGUAGGAGGAGAUUAGGCGUUGUUAUGGCUAGGUCGGGGAUGGUGGAGAAUGUUAAAACGGCUGUCACGUUCAUCGAACAGGGCCAUGUGCGAGUGGGAACGGAGGUGGUCACUGAUCCUGCAUACAUGGUGACGCGAAAUAUGGAGGACUACGUCACCUGGGUGGAUAGCAGCAAGAUCAAGCGCAACAUCAUGCGCUACCGCGACAAGCUGGACGACUUCGAUCUGCUGUAG